GGAGGCGAAACAGUCACAUACACGCACGCCAGAACACGAGCGAUGAGCCGAGCCAGUUCUAGUAGGGAGUUUACGGUAACCGGAACGGUAAACAAAUAUACGCCGCCAUGCGCAGUGCAUGCUGUACGCGAACACGUUUCUCCCUCUGCUUCUUCACAGGCGUGUUUUCAAUGCAUGUAUCUAAACAUGCAAAUCGAUUCCCUUUUAAACUGACUUGCACUACAUCUCGCUGCAUUGCAAAUCAAUGCAAUGUCAGCUGCAUGCAUGAGGGCUGCUAGAGAGCUGGAUAACCCUAGCUGAUCUGUGUGAGCAUUCAUUGACAUUAAACAAAAGCUACCAGUAAUUGUAAUGCAUUUCUCUAAAAAAUGCUCCAUGCCUAAGGUGGUGCUCAGUGCACUUCUUAUUGUUGCAUUGUUGCAGCUUUUAUAUCUGUCUUUCCUCUCAAAAUUGCAUGGCAAACAGCAGCGCUACAAGUAUUCUGAGCUUUUCGGCUCCAAAAAGACAGCAAACCAAGGAGAGAAGAACCCCAGGCGGGAACAUCUCAGAUACUCUUUAUCCACAGGUGGGAUCUUCGAUGGGAGCGGACAGUACCGUGUGUAUAAAAACCUAAUCAAAAGCGACUUCUUGACCAAUCAGAAGCCAGGAGCGGAUCCCAGAUUGCACCACCUGGCUUUGGCCACGCAUACGACUAUCAACAACCUUCACCAUUUGAACGCUUUGUUGGAGCGCUGGCAGAAUCCUCUAUCCGUCGCGAUAUUCGCCGAUGGCCAGGAUAUUAAGUUCGCCACGGCGUUCGUUUACGCCCUCAGCAUUUUCUGCCCACAGGUUCAAGCGUUGGUGGACUUCCAUCUGGUUUGCCUCUCAGGUGAAAUGGCCAGUUUUCCAGACCAGGAUCGAGAGCAUUUCGCCGGUAUGGAAGAGAAGGGCUGCCUCGGCAUCUUCACCAAGCUCGAAUCCCACCGAGACCGGUAUAAGAACUACGCCAUUGGCAGCAAAGUCUCGUACCCCAACAAUCUUCUCCGCAACGUGGCCCGCAGCGGCACGGACGCCGCCUACAUCCUGGUCAUCGAUAUCGACAUGAUACCCAGUGCCAAUCUGCACCACCAGUUCGUGACCAUGCUGAUGAGGCAUGAACCGGCCGCGGACGAGGUCCUCGUGCUUCCUGCGUUCGAGAUCAGACACACUCGUAAGGUGCCCGCGACCAAGUCGGAGCUGGUGCAGCUCUAUCAGGUGGGUGAAGUGCGGCCGUUCUACAAUGAGCUUUGCCCACGCUGUCAAGCUCCCACUAACUACUCACAGUGGGUCAAUCUGGCCAUCAAGAGCUCUGGGACCCUGGAGGUGGCGUACACCAUAAACUGGGCCGAUCCGUGGGAGCCUUUCUACAUCGGUGCUCGAUCUGUUCCUCUCUAUGAUGAGAACUUCAGGCAGUACGGCUUCAACCGCAUCAGUCAGGCCUGUGAGCUUCACGUCGCCGGUUACAGGUUCUCUGUGGUGAGCAAUGCGUUUGUGGUGCACAAAGGGUUCAAGGUCCAGGGAGAGUUUCACAGCAGAAAGGACGAGGAGAACCGGAAGAACCGCAUCCUCUUCCGCAGCUUCAAGGAGAGCCUGAAGGCCAAGUAUCCGAACUCACCUCACCACUGCUGAGAAAACAGAUGGUAAUGAGAGAUAUCACAUCUACUCCUGACCAACAUCUGCCAGACUUUAUAUGAUGCACAAAACU